AUGCAUCUCACAGCUCUUCUCACCGUCGGAGCAGUCCCAGCAAUGGGUGCAGCCCUGGCUCCUCGCGCUGUCAACUGCGACUUCGCAACCACUGCUGAUGCCGGGGCUACAUGCGCUAGCUUUUCCAGCAACUGGGGACUGUCAGUGACCGACUUGCAGAAGCUGAACCCUGGCAUCACCUGCCCGAAUCUCGAUACCAGCAAGUCUUACUGCGUGGUCGGUACCGCCACGGAUGAACCAACCCCACCCACGAGCACAACAACUACCGCCACCCAGCCAACAAGCACCGAUUCCGCUCCCAGCAACUCUCCCACUAUGCCCGGCAUUGCAUCCAACUGUGAUGGCUUCCACAAGUUCAAGAGCUGGAACAGCCAGGUCGACGCCAAAUGCUCAAACCUUUGGCUCCACUACUUUGUCUGCGUGCAUGUUCCCGGCGCAGUCAUCACCUCGGCCCCCCAGCCAACGGCCCCUACGGGUCCAACACCCCAGAUGCCUGGUAUUGUCAGCAACUGCAAGAAGUACCACCUGAUCAAGGAUGGUGAGAGCUGCUGGUCCAUCUACACGGAGGCGGGUAUUACCUUGGCACUCGUGCAGCAACCUUUGGCUGGGCUACUAUAUCUGUAUUGGUGUUUGAGCGGUUUUUAG